AUGGCUAAAGUGAAGAAGUACUUGACAAAAUUGAACCCGUUCAACACCAAAUCCGAAAAUUAUUUUAAUAAAACCUUUAACAAGAUAGAAAUUCUCGGAGAAGGGAGCUUUGGUAAAGUUUAUCAUGUUGAAAAUAAAGCUACUCAUCGUAUAUAUGCCGUAAAAGAAAUACUUUUUAAAGACCUAGAUUCAAAAGAGCAAUCAGACAUGGUGAACGAGAUUGACAAAUUAAUUAGAGUUCAAUCUGAAUACGUUGUGCAAUAUGUGGAUUCUUGGGAUAAUAAUAAAAAGAAUAAUAAAAGGAUAAUAUACAUUCAAAUGGAAAUGUAUAACUAUAGUCUUUCAAAUAUUAUUAAAGGCAAAGCAAUUGCAUUUGAGAGGCAAAUUGGACAUCCCAUGGGCUUAAUCGAGUACUUAGUUUCGUGCGAAUUAUUUAAACAAGUCUUGGAAUGUGUUAAGCAUUUGCAUGAAUUGAAUCCACAGAUCAUUCACAGAGACCUCAAACCCGACAAUAUAUUAAUUGCCGUAAAUGGUAGAAACGGUAGAUUUGUUAAGUUAUGUGAUUUUGGUUUAGCUACUGUUCACGACAAACGCGUCAACUAUAGACUAUCACAUAAACACACGGCUGAUGUUGGAGAUAUGAGAUAUCACGCCCCGGAAGUUGGUCUUGGUCAAAUAUACGGUCAUAGAUCUGACAUUUAUAGUCUAGGGCUAAUUGGUGGCGAAUUAUUUGACAUGAAUGUAUUACUUAUAGAUUUAGAGAAGUAUUAA